AUGCUUACCAAACGUUUGCAGUUUUCCAUUGAGCGAAUCAAGAUGAGCGACGGUAGAAACAUUCAAGAGUCUACUGAGAGAGGUCUGUUUUCACAUAUAACAGGCUAUCCAACAGCACCAUCCUAUCCUCCUCCACAUGGUUCCUAUUCCUCCUACCCACCUCAAGGAGGCUAUUAUCCCCCACAACCAGCAUAUCCACCACAAGGAAGUUACUAUCCUCCACAAUAUCCACCACAUGCAGCAGCAGGGUAUCCACCUUCUGGUUAUCCUCAUUCAGGUUAUCAUCAACCAUCUUAUCACGCUCCACACGCCUAUCCGUCUGCGUAUCCUUCAGGACGCGGAGCUGGUAUAGGAUUGUUCGCAGGUCUGGCGACUGCAUAUGGUGCUCACCAUAUGUCACAUGGACAUGGAGGUUAUCAUCAUGGUUAUGGACAUGGGAAGUAUAAGCAUGGAAAAUUUGGCAAACAUGGGAAGCAUGGCAGGUAUGGUGGCAAGUUUAAGCAUGGAAAGUUUGGCAAGCGAUGGAAGUGA